GAGCAACGGAGACCAGUGCACUUUCAUUUUGUGACUUUUGAUCAUGCACCUCUGAAUGCUAAAACAAUCAUUAUGACACCGGAUGGUGAAGUAGUAGAAGAGGAGGAGACAGCAAAGGAAGUUUUACUUCCAGACACGACUAUUGUCACUCACUGUAUUUACAAGAACGACUUGAUACGAUUUACUGAAUGUUUUGAAAAUGAAGAAGACCCGUACAAAGAAACAGUUCAAGAUUUGAUGAAUGAGCGUGAUGAUGAUGGGAAAUCGCCUUUGGACAUUGCAGCCAUCUUAGGAAGAAGUGAUUUGUCGAGAGAACUGUUAACUAGAGGAGCUUUGCUUGAUAAUAUUUCAGAAAAAGGUUACUGCGCUUGGCAUUAUGCAGCAGCCUGGGGUAGUGUGGAUGUUCUAAAGGUUUUGUUUGACUUCAGUGCCAACUUUCAACAAAAAAAUGCAUUUGGUGAAAGAGCGAGAGAGACUGCUUUAAGAUACAGCAAGACGGAAUGUGUAGACUUUCUCGACUGGGCAGAGGCAAAAAUUCAUCUUAUUGACCUUAUCAAGACAGUGCAAGAGAGUGUAACAGAUCUAACCAAGACCCAGGGAGUCAUUACCAAAGAAGAAAAGAAUAUUGCCGUUAACUGCUGUAAAGAGAAGAAUGAGUGGCUGGAGGUGACGACGGAUGCCACCACACAGGACUUCAUCUCACAGAGAGAGAGCAUGGACAUCAUUGUAGCACCCAUCAUGCAGAAAAUCAAUGAUCCACCAGAGAAACCGGAAAAGAAAUAAGUCAUAUAGUGAACAGGAUGUCACAGCAAGACAGAAUGAGACUUUGUUAAUUUGUGAAGGUUAUUCUUGUUUAAUGUUUUAACUUAUUGUGACAAAAAAUUAAAAACAAAAAUUGGUAUGAAUAUUUGAAAUUCAUGUGUCUAUAAAUAAUUGUGAAUAUUGAAAAUAUUUGUGAUUAUAAAAUAAAUGAUUUUGAAUACUG